AUGGAGGAGGCCAGCAAGGUCACAGAGACCACACCGGCUCUUCCGCCUCUCCUGGAACGGCGCGUCCGUCAGCGACAACCUCAGAUGUCCGUCCUGAAGUCGAAGCUGAAGCAGAGGGCGGCUUGCUCCGUUCCCUGUGUCCGAGCCACCUUAAGCGGCUUCUUCCCCGUGGUGCGCUGGCUGCCCAAGUACAAGCUGCAGGAGUAUGUGUGGGGUGACCUGAUGUCCGGGCUGAUUGUGGGGAUCAUCUUGGUGCCCCAGGCCAUCGCCUACUGCCUUCUGGCCGGAGUGGAGCCCAUCUAUGGCCUUUACACGUCGUUUUUCGCCAACAUCAUCUAUUUCUUCAUGGGGACGUCCAGACAUGUUUCUGUGGGAAUCUUCAGUCUCAUGAGUCUCAUGGUCGGCCAGGUGGUGAACAGGGAGGUUUACCUGGCAGGUUUUGACCCUAACGAGGACUCUGGCACCAAACUGUCCGGUCCCGGCAUGAUGAACGGCACAGGCGGCGCCAACCUGUCAGCCGGCAGCGUGGAGCUGCUGGGCCUGCAGUGUGGGAAGGAGUGUUACGCCAUCAGCAUCGCAGCCGCCCUCACCUUCCUCGCCGGCAUCUACCAGGUCAUGAUGGCGGUGUUCAGGCUCGGUUUCGUCUCGGUCUACCUGUCUGGUCCCAUGCUCGACGGUUUUGCCACCGGAGCGUCUUUCACCAUCCUGACAGUGCAGGCGAAGUACCUCUUGGGUCUGAAGAUCCCCCGUCACCAAGGUUACGGGACAGUGAUCGUCACCUGGAUCAACAUCUUCAGCAACAUCCACAAGACCAACGUGUGUGACCUCAUCACCAGCGCCAUCUGCAUCUCCACCUUAUUGGCAGGGAAGGAGAUCCAGGAGCGCUACAAGGACCGUCUGAAGAUCCCGAUCCCCACCGAGCUGAUCGUCGUGGCAGGAGCCACCUUGGCCAGCCAUUUUGGGGACCUGAACGGCCAUUAUGGCUCCAGUGUUUCCGGCCACAUCCCCACAGGGUUUGUCAUGCCCAAGGUGCCCAGCUUUGACUUGAUGCCAAGAGUGGCACUGGAUGCCAUCCCCCUGGCUGUGAUUAGUUUUGCCUUCACUGUGUCACUCUCCGAGAUGUUUGCCAAGAAGAACGGCUACACGGUGCGUCCAAACCAGGAGAUGCUGGCCAUCGGGUUCUGUAACAUCAUCCCCUCCUUCUUCUACUGCUUCACCACCAGUGCGGCGCUGGCUAAAACCAUGGUGAAGGACUCCACGGGCUGCCAGACCCAGGUCUCUAGUCUGGUCAGCGCUCUUGUCGUCCUCCUCGUCCUCCUCUUCUUCGCGCCUUUCUUCUACGCCCUCCAGAAAUGUGUCCUCGCCUGCAUUAUCAUCGUCAGCCUGCGGGGGGCGCUCAGGAAGUUCAGGGAUGUUCCUGCUAAGUGGCGUGCCAGCCGGAACGACGCCAUAGUUUGGCUGGUCGCCAUGGCAGCCACGGCUCUGAUCAGCGUGGAAUUGGGGCUCCUGGUCGGAAUCGUCUUUUCCAUGCUCUGCAUCAUCUUUAAGACCCAGAACCCCAAGGUUUCUCUCUUGGGCCGGGUCAGUGACUCUGACCUCUAUGAGGACAUGGAGGAGUACAAGAACCUCACCCCGCCCUCCCGGGUACACGUCUUUCGCUUCCAGUCUCCAUUGUACUACGCCAACAAGGACUCUUUCCUCAAAUCGCUGUACCGAGCUGUCGGGGUGGAGCCGUUCUUGGAGCUGACGCGCAGGAAGAAGGCAGAGAAGGCCAGAGAUAUGGCCGCCAAGCAGGCCAAUGCCGCAGAGCAUAAAAACAACGGCAAGGUCAGCACAGGGCUCGUCCACAGAGAGCUGGACUUCCACACGAUAGUUCUAGACUGCUCUGCCAUUCCUUUCAUAGACACGACCGGCAUGGCCACCUUCAAAGGGCUCGUCAAGGACUACAAAGAAAUCGGGGUGAGCGUGCUCCUCGCCAACUGCAACACGUCGGUCAUCGACGCCCUGAAGAAGGGGGCCUUCUUCGGGAAGAAUGACCGGGAUAUGGCCAGCUUGUUGUUUUACACUGUUCAUGCUGCGGUUCUCCAUGCGAAUGGCAGGGCGGCAGCAGCGGACUGCAUGUCAGAUGACACUAUGGUGUAAGAAGGUGGAAGAGGAAGA